GGGGGCGGGGAGAGUGGGGAGUCACAGGCGCGAGCCAGGAGCAGCGCCUCGUCUGCCAAUCCUGGCACCUGUGCGCCAAGCCGCGGCACCACGGAGGACCCCGCUCCGGGCCAACCCUGGGCUCCAAGCCACGGCCACCCAGCCUCUGGGCAAGCGCGACCUGCAGCCGCCCACCCAGGACCCCCGCCGCCACCCGCAACUGCGGGAGCGCAGGAGCCCAGCCAGUGCUUGCUGCGCCCCGGGCCACAGGGUCCCUCGCCCCUUCAGAGGCGUCGCGGCCAGCCGGGGCAGCAGUCGAUUUGGGUACACGAUUCGCCCGCGCUGCCGUUCUCUUCUCCACCCAGGAUUUAUUGUCUGUGGAGCCUUCUGGGGGCGGGGAGGGAGCUGCGCCUCCGCCGCCGCCACUGCUGCUGCUACGGUCGCUAGCGCGGCGCUCUGGGCGGGCGGAGGCCGGGGACUGGCCGCAGUGGUGCUCCGGGCGGGCUCCCGGCUCCCCAGGGGCGCCUCUCCUCUCCUGCACCUGAAGGGCAGUGGCACCAUGGUCUGACACCGCAUCUGCCUGGAGUCCCCUCUGCCUUUGCUUCGGAGGACUCCCCUACUGGCUUCACUGCGGACCCCAGAGCACUUUAAGGAGUAACCCUCAGCAGCUGCAAGGCCUUCGCUCCUUGGACCCUCAUGGGUAGUUUCUGCUUCCGGCGAUGAUGGAGAGCCUAAUACGGGGAAGGAAUCCCCCACAAUAUCAGAGAAGUCCUUAUAAGGAGGCUCGUGCAGCACUUCGGAAGAGGCCUGAAGAGGAGUGAGCCCGCUACAUGAAAAGAAUGCAAGUCAAAGUGCCCACAGCCUAGAAGUCUUCAGAGACAGGAGUAACUAGCAAUGCAGUGCUUGGAGAUGACCACCAAACGGAAGCUCAUUGGCCGCCUGGUGCCAUGCCGCUGCUUCCGUGGAGAGGAGGAGAUCAUCUCAGUGUUGGAUUACUCCCACUGCAGCCUGCAACAGGUGCCUAAGGAGGUCUUCAACUUUGAACGCACACUAGAAGAGCUCUAUCUGGAUGCCAAUCAGAUUGAGGAGCUGCCUAAGCAAUUGUUCAACUGUCAAGCUCUACGGAAACUAAGCAUUCCUGAUAAUGACCUCUCAAGUCUGCCAACCUCCAUUGCUAGCCUAGUUAACCUGAAAGAACUCGACAUCAGUAAAAACGGUGUACAAGAAUUUCCAGAAAACAUAAAGUGCUGUAAGUGUUUAACCAUUAUUGAAGCCAGUGUCAAUCCCAUUUCUAAACUACCCGAUGGCUUCACGCAGCUUCUUAACCUGACCCAGCUCUACCUGAAUGACGCAUUCCUCGAAUUUCUUCCAGCUAAUUUUGGAAGACUUGUCAAAUUGCGAAUAUUGGAGUUAAGAGAAAAUCACUUGAAAACUCUACCAAAGUCAAUGCACAAGUUAGCCCAGCUGGAAAGACUUGACCUAGGCAAUAAUGAAUUCAGCGAGCUGCCUGAAGUUCUGGAUCAAAUACAGAAUUUGAGGGAGCUGUGGAUGGAUAACAAUGCGUUGCAAGUGCUGCCUGGGUCUAUAGGGAAGUUAAAGAUGUUGGUAUACCUGGAUAUGUCAAAAAACAGGAUAGAAACGGUUGACAUGGAUAUUUCUGGAUGUGAAGCUCUCGAGGACCUCUUACUAUCAUCCAAUAUGUUGCAACAGCUGCCUGACUCAAUAGGAUUGCUGAAAAAGUUAACAACUCUAAAAGUAGAUGACAAUCAACUUACAAUGCUACCCAACACAAUUGGAAACUUAUCUUUAUUAGAAGAAUUUGACUGCAGCUGCAACGAGCUGGAGUCCCUCCCUCCCACCAUUGGUUACCUGCACAGCCUGCGAACAUUAGCGGUUGAUGAGAAUUUCCUCCCAGAGUUGCCGAGAGAAAUUGGAAGCUGUAAGAAUGUCACUGUUAUGUCUCUACGCUCCAAUAAGCUAGAAUUCCUUCCUGAAGAAAUUGGGCAGAUGCAGAGACUGCGUGUCUUAAAUCUAAGUGAUAAUAGAUUGAAGAAUUUGCCAUUCUCUUUCACCAAACUCAAAGAGCUGGCAGCAUUGUGGCUUUCUGACAAUCAGUCCAAGGCCCUUAUCCCUCUACAAACAGAAGCCCAUCCAGAAACCAAGCAAAGGGUACUGACCAACUACAUGUUUCCCCAGCAGCCCCGUGGUGAUGAAGAUUUCCAGUCAGACAGCGACAGCUUCAACCCCACCCUGUGGGAGGAGCAGAGACAACAGCGCAUGACUGUUGCCUUUGAAUUUGAGGAUAAAAAAGAAGAUGACGAAAGUGCUGGGAAAGUUAAGGCUCUCUCCUGCCAAGCCCCCUGGGACAGGGGCCAGCGUGGGAUUACUCUCCAACCUGCCAGGCUGUCUGGCGAUUGCUGCACACCAUGGGCCAGGUGUGAUCAGCAGAUCCAAGAUAUGCCCGUCCCCCAGAGUGACCCCCAGCUGGCAUGGGGUUGUAUAAGUGGCCUCCAGCAGGAGAGGAGCAUGUGUGCUCCAUUGCCAGUGGCAGCACAGUCCACCACUCUUCCCUCUCUAAGUGGCAGACAGGUUGAAAUAAACCUAAAACGAUAUCCAACUCCUUACCCGGAGGAUUUAAAGAAUAUGGUAAAAUCUGUUCAAAAUCUGGUGGGUAAGCCAAGCCAUGGAGUGCGUGUUGAGAACUCAAAUCCAACAGCUAACACGGAACAAACUGUGAAAGAAAAGUUUGAACACAAGUGGCCGGUGGCCCCAAAGGAGAUUACAGUGGAGGAUUCUUUUGUUCAUCCAGCUAAUGAAAUGAGGAUUGGGGAACUUCACCCUUCAUUAGCUGAGACCCCUCUGUACCCACCCAAACUUGUUCUGCUAGGGAAGGACAAAAAAGAAUCAACUGAUGAGUCUGAAGUUGACAAAACUCACUGUCUGAAUAACAGUGUCUCCUCAGGCACCUACUCAGACUACUCGCCCUCCCAAGCUUCUUCGGCAUCCUCUAACACCCGGAUGAAAGUGGGGUCCAUGCAGACAACAGCUAAAGAUGCCGUCCAUAACUCUUUAUGGGGUAACAGGAUUGCACCACCUUUCCCACAGCCUCUAGAUGCAAAGCCAUUACUCAGCCAACGGGAGGCUGUCCCUCCAGGGAACAUCCCCCAGCGUCCUGAUAGGCUGCCAAUGAGUGAUGCUUUCCCUGACAACUGGACUGAUGGCUCCCAUUACGACAACACAGGUUUUGUCUCCGAGGAAGCCGCAGGCGAGAAUGCCAACAAUAACCCUCUCUUAAGCUCCAAGGCUAGAAGUGUACCUGCUCAUGGGCGCAGGCCUUUAAUUAGGCAAGAAAGAAUUGUCGGUGUUCCCCUAGAAUUGGAGCAGUCCACACACAGACACACACCAGAAACAGAAGUGCCUCCUUCCAAUCCCUGGCAGAAUUGGACCAGAACUCCCAGUCCAUUUGAAGAUAGGACUGCUUUUCCUUCCAAAUUAGAAACAACCCCUACUACCAGUCCCUUGCCUGAAAGAAAAGACCACAUGAAGGAGCCUACAGAGACACCAGGUCCUUUUUCUCCAGGAGUGCCAUGGGAAUACCACGACCCUGCCCCUAACAGGAGUCUCGGUAAUGUCUUUUCUCAAAUCCACUGCCGCCCAGAUUCGUCUAAAGGUGUUAUCGCAAUUAGCAAAAGCACGGAGAGGCUUUCCCCACUCAUGAAAGAUAUAAAGUCCAACAAGUUCAAAAAGUCCCAGAGUAUUGAUGAGAUUGACGUCGGUACCUACAAGGUCUAUAACAUUCCACUAGAAAACUAUGCCUCUGGGAGCGAUCACUUAGGAAGCCACGAGCGGCCAGACAAGUUCUUGGGACCAGAGCAUGGCAUGUCCAGUAUGUCCAGGAGCCAGUCAGUACCCAUGUUGGAUGAUGAGAUGCUUAUGUAUGGAAGUAGUAAAGGCCCACCCCAACAAAAAGCAUCUAUGACUAAGAAGGUCUAUCAGUUUGACCAAAGCUUCAACCCACAAGGAGCGGUGGAAGUAAAAGCAGAGAAGAGGAUUCCGCCCCCUUUUGCACACAAUUCUGAGUAUGUACAGCAGCCCAGUAAAAACAUCGCCAAGGAUCUGGUCAGCCCCAGAGCCUACAGAGGAUACCCACCCAUGGAACAGAUGUUCUCCUUUUCCCAGCCAUCUGUAAAUGAGGAUGCCAUGGUGAAUGCUCAGUUCGCCAGCCAGGGGCCCAGGGCAGGCUUCCUAAGGAGGGCUGACUCCCUGGCCAGCUCCACCGAGAUGGCCAUGUUCAGAAGGGUCAGUGAGCCCCACGAGCUGCCCCCUGGUGACAGGUAUGGCCGAGCAACCUAUAGGGGAGGGCUGGAAGGCCAGAGCAGCAUUUCAAUGACUGAUCCCCAAUUCCUCAAGAGGAAUGGCAGGUACGAAGAUGAGCACCCUUCAUAUCAAGAAGUAAAAGCGCAGGCAGGAAGUUUUCCUGCUAAAAACCUUACCCAGAGGAGGCCGCUGUCUGCCAGGAGCUACAGCACAGAGAGUUACGGGGCCUCCCAAACCAGGCCAGUUUCAGCUAGGCCUACCAUGGCAGCCCUCCUGGAAAAAAUACCAUCUGACUAUAACUUGGGUAACUAUGGUGACAAGACAUCAGAUAACAGUGAUAUAAAGACAAGGCCCACCCCUGUGAAGGGAGAGGAGAGCUGUGGCAAAAUGCCGGCAGACUGGAGACAGCAGCUGCUUAGACAUAUAGAAGCUAGAAGGUUAGACAGGACCCCGUCCCAGCAAAGCAACAUUUUAGACAAUGGACAAGAAGAUGUCUCUCCUAGUGGCCAAUGGAAUCCUUACCCACUUGGGAGGCGGGAUGUACCUCCGGACACCAUUACUAAAAAGGCAGGCAGCCACAUUCAGACCCUGAUGGGGUCACAGAGCCUUCAGCACCGCAGCCGGGAGCAGCAGCCAUAUGAAGGGAACAUCAACAAAGUGACCAUUCAGCAGUUCCAAUCGCCAUUGCCCAUCCAGAUCCCCUCAUCACAGGCUACCCGGGGACCUCAGCCUGGACGGUGCUUAAUUCAAACGAAAGGGCAGAGGAGUAUGGACGGUUAUCCCGAGCAGUUCUGUGUGAGAAUAGAAAAGAAUCCUGGGCUUGGAUUUAGUAUCAGCGGUGGAAUUAGUGGGCAAGGAAAUCCUUUUAAACCUUCUGACAAGGGUAUCUUUGUUACUAGGGUUCAGCCUGAUGGACCAGCAUCCAACCUACUACAGCCCGGGGAUAAAAUCCUUCAGGCAAAUGGACACAGUUUUGUGCAUAUGGAACAUGAAAAGGCUGUUUUACUACUGAAGAGCUUCCAGAACACAGUAGACCUAGUUAUUCAACGUGAGCUCGCUGUCUAAAUGUUUUUAUAAAUAGUGAAGAUAUGUCAGGCCAGAGCUAAUGUUUAAAAAUAAAUUUAUACAUAGAAACAAAUUUUGCCAGUUGCUGGACCAAUGGCAAACAUCAGUGCCAGGUGUAUAAUAGUGUAUGUUAGCCUUCCACCCUGAAAAGAUGUUACUUAUAAACAUGGUGUUUGCGCGCGGUUCUGUAUCAGUUCCAGCGGCAGCCUCUGGCUGUGCAUUGGUGCGCUUUUGUUUCUGUUUUUGUUUUUUAAUCAAAUAAGUUGUCUUCUCAAAGUGGAUUUCCUAUAAUUUCGGAGCACGGAAGCACACACAAGCUCUUUACAAAUUCUGCUCUCCAUCAGAAAUACUGCCUCAAAAAUUGUACAUAAAGAGUUGUAAUCCCCAUAAAGUAUUUCUAGCACAAGGUAUAUGUUGGCAUAUAUACAAAAAAGAAUAUAGAAAAACGAUAUUUUCGUAAACAUCUUGGAUUGAGAAAGAAAAUAUAUCUUAAAAUAAGACUUUACUAUAUUGAAUCUUUUUCAAUAAAAAUUACAUGAUUACGCCUUAUGGAAGCAACUGUACAUAAAGUAUAAAGUAUUUAUAUUUGGUUCCAUAGCCAUUUGCUAAAUUCCCAUAGUAGAGUGAAAUGAUUCAUAAAUUAUCCAUUAAUCUCUGGGGCCUGAGUAAAAAACCGGAGAAGGUAAAUCUGUUCAAUGCCUUUAGCUAAUUAAGAGGACACAAGCUGACUUCAGAGACAGAACACAGGUUGCUGCGGAUCAGUCUCUUCACCAAAACCACACGCAGUGAGUGAUGGGUGGCGGGAAAGGCUUAAUGCUUUAAUGUUCUGUUUCCUCGGGUUAUGUUGACUAUAAGCUGUGGCCCCUGUGAUAUUCCUUUACUGUAAAUGUGGAACUUAUCUGUGUGCUGAUUUAAUUAAUUUGCUACUUUUAAAUCAUUUUAAAUGAAUUUUGGGAAUUGAUAACAUUUAUUAUAGAGAAAGACUUGUUGGAACGCUAUGAUGGUUUCAAAACUUUGGUAUUGAAAUAUGAAACUUCAGAUAUAAUUUCUCAGAGCUGUGGUCUACUGAUAUCAUUAAUCUUAAUUCCUGGAUUUUUUUGUGGACAGAAAUAGACAAAAUGUUUUUUCUCCAAACAAAAAGUUUUAAGGAACAUAAACAUGAAUUCAAUCAUACUGGAGAGUAAAACUUCCUAGUUAAUGUACUUUUACAAUCUGUUUUCCUUUGUAAAAAUUCAAAAUUUGUCUUACAAUCCUUUAAAAUAUUUCUUUUUAUAUUAGUCUUCAAUUUGACUAAAAUAUUAAUUUGAAAUUUUAGAUCAACUUUCCAUAAUUGGUUUAUAAAUUCCCUCAUAUAUCUACAUCACUUUUUUAUACAAUAAAUUUAUCUCAUAUAGUAGUGUUUAAAUAGUCUAUAGAAUUUUACAAUAAAAUCACAUGUGGAUGUCACCAGAGCUCUGAGGAUAAUAUUUGUAAGUUUGUUUUAUGAGGACAUUGAAAAUAUUGUAUUUUUGUAGGAUCUAUUAAAAAUGAGUGCCACUUAUUAGAAGUACAGUGGUUUUUUUGGCAUAGAAUUUGUCAGAGAAAAAUGUUACUUCAUUUACCAAGCAAUGCACUAUCUCUGGUCUUGAUUUAUGCCAGGGUGACACAAUACCAUAGUCUUAUAGACUUGGACAAUUAGCUGCUGAUUCUAGAUUGACCUUUUUACACAGAAGCAGCCAUUAUGUGCAUUUUAAUAUAUUGAGAGCAUUUAAUGAGAAGUGUUUUUCAAAGCCUAACUUUCUGUGUCAAAAACUCACAGCACAUCACUAUAACAGAUGUUCUGGGCUCAGCCUUAGUUAAGAGAAGCAAGACAAGCUCAGAGCAAGACAACACUCAGAAAGCAGCCAUUAGGGCUACACAGUCUUCUACAGGAGAGGCAGAAGGCAGCCAGAUAGAGGGCUCCCCAGGAAAUUUCUUGUGUCAGAGCAUCAAAUGCUCCUGAAGCCUUCAGCUGAGAGGAUGGGGCUCCCUCCUUGAUAGACAGUAUUGCACGAAGCCUUGCUUUAACACUUCCUUCUCUGAGGUAGGUCCAGCCAUGACGAAAGGAAAAAGAGGGCUUGCUGGCCUCUUGGGAAAGUGUGGAUAUAGUCAAUGCUACACACUGAUAGGCAAAUAGAUGGUCACACAGAGGGGUAUCUUCUGUUUUAGGUUAACUCAAUGGAAUCACUAAUCAGUUGGGGGGGGGGCUUCUCAUUGAUUUUAAAGGCAACCCGAGCCAAUAAUUUGUUGAUCUAGAGGUAUUGACUUUUUGUUUUUGAGUAACUAAUUUGCUGCCUGAAACUAAAAUCCGGUUCAUGUUAACAUCAAACAUAGAAGUCAAGAGUAUGCCGUAAAAAGGAAAGAAAGAAAAAGAAAAAUCUCCAACAAGACAAAGAAGUCGAACUCCCCAGUGGCAUCAUAAAAUUUCUACCUCUUGAUAGGUCCUCGAUCUUCCUGCGGAAGAAGCUGCUUAUAGACAUGGAUCGAUAAGGCAAUAUGGAGUAGGUUGGAGACAUUAGAGGUAGAAAGAACAAAUACUGACAAUUAGUAGCCAACAUCUGUGUGGGUUGCAAGAUAAAUAGUCAUAAAGGGGCAAUUUUUUUAAAUGAGUCACAAGGCAGACAGUAUUUUGUCAUAGGCAACACAGACCCUCAAAACACAUGUCAUGCUGACUUGAAGCUUGAAAAAUUAUCUUAGGCUUUGCCUUGGAAUGCUGCUUCCAUAGACAAAACUUCUGCAUCAGGGGUGUGGACUAGCACUGCCUUGUGUUCAGAGAUGAGUCCAUGCAAAACAUUGUUGCCACUCUCUCUUAAAAAGUGGGAAUGAGCUACUUUUUACCAUGUGUGUGAGGUAAAGAGAGAGGAUAGAAGUUAGGAGUUUGAUUUACACAUUCAAGUAUCAAGAGAAAAGUUUCUGAAUUUUCCAAAGUAUUAGAUGGAAAAACCCAGAAACGCUUAAUUUUUAGUCCCCAAACCUGUCUAGAGUGCUAACCACAGUGUAAACGUUUGGAAAACAGUGUUCUUCUCAGUUCUUCUUCACACUGGGUCUGAGUUGUCAUCAUCAUUUUCUGCUUCUCAUUAGCAGGAAGAUCUAGUAUAUUUAUUCCAGUGAACACAUUUCUAUGGAGAGGAAGAAUAUGACCUAAUCAGAUCAAAAUUCAUAUUGGUAUCAGACUGCUAUUUGAACCAUUCAUAACAUACCUGACUAAUCCAUGAAAUGGCAACUCAACUGCAGAUUCCCUGGAACACUAGAUCAGCAAAAAGUAACAAGUUAGGAAAAUAAUGAAGUCUAGUCAGCUAAGAUGGCUGUUUAGUACAAGACACCCAGGUUGAAAGGCCAGGCAAAAUCCUGUGGCAGAAAUGUUCAUCUUUCCACAGCUUAACCAAAUGUUCAAAUGCCAGUCAGUGAUGUAGCCAUAUCCAUCUCAUGGGUGUAACUUCUUGACCCAGUUAGGACUUUGGUGAAUUUUCUAGAUUUAAGACUACUUUCGCAAACUUUUUUCCUAGCAAACCUAGGAGAGGCACUCUUCCCUUACUUGGAGCAUUAGCCUGGCUUCUCCUGAAAACAUGCUAUGUCAAUCAAAUAGAAUGUGUGCUAAGGGAAAUUGGGUGUGUUCUGUGGGACCCACAUAGACAAUGUUACAAGAAAUAUGAAUGUUGACUCUCCUGCACAUCUGUAUGGCUACAUUUUAGUCAACAGAAUUCAGUGAGUUUCCCACAACACCUAUGGUGCAAGACUAAGACAGACACAACUGUGUUUCCAUCUCUGUUAUGACGCAUCUGGAGACAUUUCUGCGUCUAGCAUGUGAAGCUAGUCUCCUCUCAGAGCUGUUGUCUUUCUGUAGACUCAUGCCCUACCCACCCUUGCUGUCCAGUGCAGGUGGGUGUUGUCUCCAACCCACUGAGACAAGCCUCCAGAGCUCCAGCUGCCAGAUGCUUCUGCCCCAGCUUGAGAGCAGCUCUCCUAGGGAAGCAUCAGUGCUUACCACGUCGCUGACAGCAGCAAACAGCUCGUGCACAAAGAUGUGUGAGGGUGGCGGUGCCUUAACGAAGCCACCUUUCCACUUCUUUGCUUAUUUUCACUGUUGCCUCUCCAUUCUCAGUGUUAGUUUUGGCCAUACUGGGAGACAUUCUCUGAGCUGCUUUUAUGCAUAUUGGGGUACCCUUUAGUCCUCCCAACCUUUAACACUGUGAGAAAAUUAUCUGCAAACAUUCUCCUGUGAGGACAGAAGCACCUGCCUUCCACCCUAAAGCAUUCAGGAGUUUUGAAAGAAUGAAGAGGAAAAACCACUUCAAAAUUUUACUUUAAAACCAACAGUGGAAACAAAGGAAUGUGGGUUCCUUUGUUUUUUCACUCUAUGAUUGUCUUGAUUUUCUUAGGAGCUGAUUUUUUGGGGAAAUAAGGAGAUAUAGUUUCAACUUUGGGGACACCUUGACUCCCUGGGUUCUGCAGGCAGAUUCUUUGACAUCACCCUAGGUAGGGAGAAAAUUUUUUAAAAUGACAAACCUGGACCCAACAUGUGAAAGCAGCCAGGAGAUGUGGGGUAUAGCCCUUUCUUCCAAAAUUUCAAGACACAGUCUUGUUUUGGCACAACUUGGUUCAUGAUAACACCAUAACAAAUUAAAUAUUGAAAAAUUUCAGGCAGCAUUUAUGUAGAAAAUGCUAAAAUCCUGUGUAGACCUGACCAAAACAGAAGUAGUAGGCCAGUCCCCAGCACAUGAAUUUCCAAAUCUAGCAUAAUUUUCCCUCAAAAAAAAAAAAGGCUCUUGUUUUAUCAUCUAAGCUAGUACCAUUUUGUUUAUAUGAAUGGAUAUGAAAAGGGGGUUUAAAAGGAUCAUUCAAAUUUCCCUCCCUUUGAAAGUUUGUUCUCUCAUUUUAAACAAGUGUAUUAUUUGUAGUGUUGAUCCACAUCCCCUAUUUCAAAAUAAAACAAUGAGCAUAUGGUUGAACAGACAGGCAGACAUCUCUCACCUCGAGAAAACUAUCUCACAUAAUAUUGUUUUCAGCAGCAAACUCCUUCAGAAUAGGGUAGCUGACCUGAGCAAUGUAAGGUGUGUUAUACAGUCAAGGCGUCAAGAGACAUGACUUUGCAGACUGCCACAAAAACAAAGUGCAGUGAUUAUAAAUUUUAUGACAAUUAUCUGCUGGACACCCCUAUGCAUCAGGCCUGCUGGGGACACAGCACAGUCUCUCCUCUGCACAAAACAUUAUAACUGAGAGGAAAGAGAAGCUGCAGACAGAAUGAGGUGCCUUUACCCCAUGCCAGGGCUGACGGCAUCAAUUCUGUCUGGAUUGGAACAGUACUUCAAUUGGAGCUCUCUCUAUAUAUUUCUUCCUACUGGGUCCUAGGGCCACUGGGAGGGCAUUUCAAGCAUUUGUUGGGACUUAAAAAGACUUUUGACAGAUGGAUCAUGGCCGGACUGAAGAUAUUUCUGGACAAGGGAAAUAGAACCAAGAAUCUCUUGGAUUUUGGAGGAAGGGUGGUCAUGAAGAAAGCUGUCCCACAAUGUGGCCUAGUGUUCAGCUCCAUGCUCUGGCACUAGUAGAUGAUAACAUCUUAACAGACACAGGCACAAGGGAAGGUCUUUCCUGUAUCUUAUCACCUCUAGAGCACACUUUCAGUGUCCAAUGUUAGAACCGGCCACGCAGAGAGGCAGUGAAUAUCCCAGUGUAGGGGAUACAUCUCUAAUCCCAGAACUCAGGAGGCAAAAAGCCAGUGACUAUCUAUGAGCUUAAGGCCAACCUGGUAUACAUAGUAAGUUCUAGGACAGCCAGAGUCAUAUAGUGAGACCCUGUCUCUUAUUAAUUAAUUCAUCAGUCAAAAAAGAAAGGCAAUAAACAGGGAACAAUAUUUUUGCCUGUGUAUUCCCCCUGUGGAUUUAAGAACACUGUCAUGGCCUGUUGUAUGCCAUUGGAUUGCACAUAUUCACAAAUCAAACUAUCUGUUUUCCUUCAGGAGAGCUGAGGCCUCUGAUUAUAGUAGCAGCUUGUAUCUUUUCUUUGCCCUACACAGACUAGGUGUUCUUUUCCUUCUGUGUGUCCCAUUGAUUCACCACCUCGGUACACACUGGUUCUGCUAGCAGGCUUCCUCUCCCAGACUCCUUUCCAAGUUACCAAUCAUGCUUGGCCUUCAGGGUCCUGCCUCAGUGAGCAUGAAGCCUUUCCUAAUCUUAAUGGGAAAUCUUCUGUGUCAGUACCACUGACAUGGUGUCGCCUUCACUCUGCCUGAGACCCUGGCUGCUUGGUCUGUGCUAUAGGAGAGAGAGAGAGAGAGAGAGAGAGACAGAGACAGAGACAGAGACAGAGACAGACAGAGAGAAACACACAGAGAGACAGAGAGACAGGCAGAAGCCUUCUGAACACCAACACCAGAACACAGCAACCACUCAGCCUUAGUGCUGCAAGCAGAGCAAGUGACGUAUUUAACAAAUAUUAACUUAAGUGGGUGACUGGUGCUCAGUCUGUAUACCCUUAAGUGGUGGACCUUAGAUUCACUGUUCUCACUUUUGCUGGGGGUGGAGGCAUCCUCUAAGCCGACUUCCCCCUCUCCUUGCCAUUUCUUCUCAGACUUUCAGAACCCUUCCUUGUUCAGAAGCUAAGUUUCAUUUCCUUUUUACAUGUUCUGAAGUUGCCAGCACGGCCCAAAACCUUUAACAAGAGAACAGUUGUUCGGUUUGAAAACAUUUUAUGUAUAUCCUUUUAAUUAGUUGAGAACUUUCUUCUGGAGAGAAGCCAUGCUGUCAGAAAUGUCCUAGAGACAUGAAGGAUGGUCUGGAACUCACAAAGCUGUGGUUUUAAGUGUCUUAGAGACCACCAAGCCCUGGACUCCAUCCUGGACAUAGUCCUCAAGCCCCAUUGAGGUGUCUAUUGAAGACUGUAUGUGGUCAAGGCUGACUUCAGACCCAUUUAAUGUAAAGAUCCAUUUGCCUGUAUAAAUAAUAUGACUAGGGAGGUGUUGGCUUAAAUUGUUUUUUACAAUAAUAAGGUGGGGCGGAGAGACAAGAACAUCAUAAACGAACAUGAGAAAUUCAGAGGAGAAAUGAGGUUCCCAUAGUCAACAGAGAGUUUUACUGAGCUACAACAACAUUUCACCUGAAUUCCUCAGUAAGGGGGCCUUUCUUACCUUUGUGUUACCACCAUCCACUAAUAAAACUGAGGAAGCGCCAAAUUAUUCUUGCUUUUCCACCAAAAUGUCCUUCUUUUAGGGUUCUGGGUUCAAGCUUGAGAUACAUGCUAUCCUUACAAUCAUUUGAACAUGGCCACAAAACUUUUUUUUUUUUUUGAGGCGCAUGCAGUUACAAAGCGUUACCACUAGGUGGAGAGCAUCUUCCUAGAGUUGAUGUAAGAGUCAGCCGGUUCUUGUAGCUGAUGGAGUUGUUAGUAAUAAUAGCCCUUUCCAUGCUCUUUAUGAUAAUUAUGCUCUAAGAGUAAAUGACGCCAGUGGAUUCUGUAUCUUUCUGUACUAAAAUGUUCAGGUUGAAUCAACUUUCCAGAGUGCAUCUCUCUCUCAGCCUUGGACCAGAGUGUGCUGUGAUUCUGAUCUUUCUAAACUGUUCAGCAAGCACAUCCUCCAGUUUCGUAGCUUUCUUGAGUCUUCUAAAUACUUUGUGCUGAUCUCCCUUAUUUGAUCCACAAUUCCCUUCAGUUGGUGUGGCAAUAUAUUUGCUUUAAAUCGUCAUUAUUUACUUUGUAAAUCAUCUCUCCAAAAGUUAAGCAUCAGGAAUCAAGUUUACCUGAAUGACCUCUCUUAAUGAAAUACUAAUCAGGGUCCUGCCUAAAUGUACAUUUCUGGCUGACAUCUGGUAGUAACUCCUCUGUAAACUCACUUUUCACUUUAUUCAUGUGCACAAGUAAUUAGCCUAUCCUAAAUGGAGUUUGUUGCAUAGAGAAUGCUUUUUUAAAAAAGCAUCUCAUAAAGUUAGAAUUGGGUUUCAAGAACCCAAUUCCCAGCCUCUUUCAAUCAGAAGAUCCAUAUAUUGCAAGCACAGACUCUUGGCUGCCUUCAUGGUACACUGUGGUUCUGAGAUAUUUAGAAUUACAGGGCCUUUUAUGGCUGGGUCCUGAUGGAGGAAGCCACAUCUAAGCUAAGGAUGUCUUCACUGUAAACUCUGCCUCAGCGAGCUUUUCCCUUGCUGAUCUCAUCAGAACCAUCCCCAUUUGAGCUUCAGACUCCCCUCUGCCAACACUUAAUCGUCUCCUCUUUCAGCAAAAGUAAACAGAGGACAGAAUGUUCUUCCCUGGAGCUUAUUAAAACUUUAAAUCCAGGUGUUAUUCUCCAAAGGAAGCUGCUUUCUUCUGGCCACCAGGUCACCAGCUCCUGUAGUGAGCUCUGAGCGGAUUCUAGUCAGCCUCUUCAGGGGGCUAGGACUAAUCGCUGUGACCUCAAUCAAGCCUGCUGGUUUUAUGAUACCAAGAAGGCUCACCAGGUGAACUUCUGCUCCUUUUAGGAGGCUAAGCAUCCCCCAGCCACCUUGGGCUUGAGCAGUGUUACCUGCCAGCAAGCACAACAGUGCCGACCACUGGUCUCUUCUUUUGGAAAACAUUUGACUUUUGACUUGCUUUCUUCUCUAUUUCAUCAUUAUCCUCCUUUCAGACUUUCAUGAACUCCUAAAAAAUUUGGUUGUAGAACUAAACAAGAGAAUGAGAACUGGGAAGAACCUUGGAUCAAUGCUGAGAGGCUGCCUGGAUACUCUUCUGUGCUCCACAGUACUGACAAAUAUUCUUUGUGGCUCUGGUACUGUACUGUCACUCAAAUUUUGGUACAAACCAUUGAAGUAUUUGUUGCUUGUUUUUAUUGGUCUACAUAGUAAUCUUAGUGUUGUAUUUCUGGAAUAGUCUCUCAAUUAGCACAUUCUCCCUUGUCCUGAGAUCACCAUGCUCUUCAAGAUUAAGGCUCUUGCUUCCUUGCCUGCCAACUCUGAUCCAAAGAAAACACCCUUUUCUACUCUGCAGUAUGAAGGGCUCAGGGCUGUGUUUUUAGCUGUUCAGAAUGUUAGAGUUAUUCAUGUUGGUUAGUGGAGUUAGCCUUCAGUGUGGAAAGAGAAGACUGCAAGAAAAACUGGCACUAACUUAAGUGGCCUCUGACACCUUCCCUAACCCUGUCCCAGUUUGUCACAUUCUACAAUAAAUGAGUGAGUGAUCAUGAUCAGCAAAACUGGUUUCUUUCUUCUUUCUUUCUUUC